AUGGGAGACAUAGGCGACGAAUUAAGCGCUCCAGCUCCAGCUACCACUAAGCAUCAACAUCAACAAGAAGCAGAAGCAGAAUCAGAAUCAGAAGCUGAAAUUGAGAUAUGGAGAUACGUGUUCGGAUUCACGGAGUUGGGGGUGGUCAAAUGCGCGGUGGAGCUAGGGAUCGCCGACGUACUUGAAUCCCAACCAAACAAAACUAUGUCUCUGCUCCACCUGUCUUCCACCCUCCACUGCUCACCUCCUCAUCUCUACCGCAUCCUCCGCUUCUUAACCCGCCGCCGCAUCUUCCGGCAGCUCCCCCCUCCCGACGGCGACGGUGACUGGAUGCAAUGCUCAUACGCCCAGACGCCUCUGUCAAGGCUUCUGAGGAGGACAGGGGAGAAGAGCAUGGCGGCUUUCAUACUCUUCGAGAACAGCCCGCCCAUGCUGGCACCUUGGCAAAACUUGAAAGCCCGAGUGGUGGAGGGGGGAGAAGCCCAAGCCCCGUUUGACACGGCCCACGAGGGGCUAGACGUUUGGGAAUACGCGCGCCAUCAUCCGGAGCACAGCCAGCUGCUCAACGACUCCAUGUCCUGCGACGCCAGGAUGGCGGUGUCGGCCCUCCUGCAGGAGUGCCCGGAGGUGUUUGAUGGGAUCGGGACGCUGGUGGACGUCGGAGGCGGGGACGGCACCGCCCUCAAGGCCAUCUUGGGCGGCACCACCAUUAAGAGAGGCAUCAAUUUUGAUCUCCCACACGUGGUGUCCGCAGCCGCCGCGGCGACAGCUGAUUGGGGUGCGAAGAGGAUACAACAUGUGGCCGGAGACUUCUUCAAACUCGUUCCCUCCGCGGAUGCUGCUUUCCUAAUGUGGGUGCUGCAUGACUGGGGAGAUGAUGAAUGCAUCAAAAUACUCAAAAACUGCAAAGCCGCACUUCCCCCACUCACUGGCAAAGUUAUCAUCUUGGAGGCUGUCAUCGACGACCACCACCACAACGGAGAACAAGCCCGAAAAGGAAGCGUAAUCAAGCAGCUUCAAGAUGUUGGUUUGAUGCUGGACAUGGUCAUGAUGGCCCACACCACCACCGGCAAAGAAAGGACAGCUUCCGAAUGGGCCUUUGUUCUGGACCAAGCUGGUUUCUCACGCCACACCAUCAGGCGCAUUCCUGCUGUUCAGUCUCUCAUUGAGGCCUACCCUUAG